AAAUUCCCCUUAUUAUUAUUACCAGUGUUAGUGAAUUCUAUUCCUAUGUGCGAUUAGCUAACUAAACUCGUGCUUGCAGAUCUUCGUCCACCCCCUGCAAAUUUUUGGCAUUCAACACUAACACAAAAUCACCGAUUUCAUCGAUUGCUUGAUAAUCACACACGCGUAUAUACACAUACAAGCAGAGAUUUCGGAGAAUAGAGAUAGGGAAAUGCUGUUCGGGAGAACCGUUCGAUGUGAUCUGUUGGCCAUGAACACAAAUAAAAUAGGAUUAGUGUUUGGGGUUUUGCUGCUAUUAUCUGCAGUGGGUGAAAAUAGGGUUAGAGCAUCGAUCCAUGAGUACACGAAUGAAGCUUUCAACCCUCGCUUCAAUUCCUUCUUUUUCCAUGGCGGCAGCGAAGGACUCUAUGCUUCCAAAAAUCUCGAACCCCCGAAAACUUCGCCCACUGAUGAUAAUGGUAAACCCCUCAAUGGCAAUUCCUUCAUCAGGUUCGAGUCCAUAACGUUUAAAAGACCGAAAGAAAUCGCCGAAAAGCAGAACGAGAUGCAGCAGAGUACAGGAGUGGUGGAGGCUCUAAUAGUCGAAGUCAAAGACAGCGAUAAAAUCGGAAGAGCUUAUAUGAACUCGAACGCAAUAUGCUGCAAUCCAACUCUCUCAAAGGAAGGAUUCUGCAAAGUCGGCGAAGUCAUUAUCCGAGAAGAUCCCGAAAAUCCAGGCUGGCCCAAAAGACUACAAACCUCGUUCGAGGGCAAUAGCGAAGAAGCCAAAAUGGAGCUCCAAACAAUCUACAUAAACAAAACCGGAAUGUACUAUCUCUACUUUGUGGUAUGCGAUCCACAAUUAAAGGGCACUUUAAUAACCGGAAGGACCGUUUGGCGAAAUCCCGAAGGCUAUUUACCUGGCAAAAUGGCUCCACUGAUGACUUUCUACGGGCUUAUGUCGUUAGCCUAUCUUGUUCUCGGUCUUUUGUGGUUUCUUCGAUUCGUGCAGCAUUGGAAAGAUAUUAUACAGCUGCAUUAUCAGAUUACAGCUGUGAUUAGCCUCGGUAUGUGCGAGAUGGCAUUAUGGUACUUUGAGUACGCGAAUUUGAACGCCACUGGGAGCAGGCCGUUUGGGAUUACGCUUUGGGCGGUUACUUUUAGUGCGAUAAAGAAAACGUUUUCGAGGCUGCUUUUGCUUGUGGUUUCGAUGGGUUAUGGUGUGACUAGGCCUACACUUGGAGGGAUAACUGCUAAGGUGGUACUUCUUGGAUUCGUUUAUUUUUUGGCUUCUGAGGCAUUGGAGCUUGUGGAGCAUUUGGGGAAUAUUAACGACCUUUCGGGGAAGGCUAGGCUCUAUUUGGUGCUGCCUGUGGCGCUUUUGGAUGCUUUUUUUAUCGUUUGGAUCUUUUCGUCCUUGUCCAAAACGUUGGAGAAGCUUCAGAUUCGGAGAAGCAUGGCCAAGCUUGAGCUUUACAGAAAGUUUACCAACGCACUUGCAGUCUCUGUUUUGCUUUCCGUUGCUUGGAUCGGAUAUGAGUUGUAUUUCAAUGCAAGCGACCCACUAAGCGAAUUGUGGCGAAGAGCAUGGAUAAUCACCGCUUUCUGGACUUUGCUCUCCUUCACCUUAUUGGUCUUCAUAUGCAUCCUCUUGUCUCCAUCUCAUAACCCUACCAGGUACGCUUACGAAACCGGGGACGACGAUGAAGAGGGUUUGUCACUAACUGGGGUAGGAGUAAUAGCUGCCGGGGAGUUGGGUUCAAAGGUUGAUCGGAAAGAUCAUGUCUUCGGUCUAGCUGUUGAAGAUCUCGAGGAGGACAAACGAGAAUGAAUUUCAUAUAUAUAUUUACAUUUACAUAAGCUUUUCGUAAAGUUUUAUUACAAGAUCCUUGUCCCCUUUUCCGCCGCCCUGUAAAACUUUGAACUGCUAACAGAGAUCUAUAGAAUCGAAUAAACUUUGGAAACGAGAAAA